AUGGUUCUCUCAUUUAUCCUGGUUCAGAAUCGCCAGGGGAAAACGCGCCUGGCAAAAUGGUAUUCACCAUACAGUGAUGAAGAGAAAGUCAAAUUGAAAGGCGAGGUCCAUCGCCUCGUCGCUCCCCGAGAUCAGAAAUACCAGUCCAACUUUGUCGAGUUCCGCCGGAGUACCAAGGUCGUCUACCGAAGAUAUGCCGGCUUGUUCUUUUGCGUCUGCGUCGAUGCGAAUGACAAUGAGCUAGCCUAUCUCGAAGCUAUCCAUUUCUUUGUCGAGGUGCUCGACCAAUUCUUUGGUAAUGUGUGCGAGCUGGAUUUAGUCUUCAAUUUCUACAAGGUCUACGCUAUCCUGGACGAAGUCUUUCUCGCAGGCGAGAUUCAAGAGACAAGCAAGCAGGUUGUUCUCACGCGAUUGGAACACCUGGAUAAGUUGGAGUAG